AAAGUCCAACAGCAAACCAACACACGUGCCAAUAACGUUCAUUGCCAUACAGCUCGUGAUAACCAAAAGAUGACUGGCUAAAAGUUCAGUCAACAUUCGCAAGACACACUCUGAAGCCAGAUGAUUGCAUCAGAAGCUCUGACAAGUUCCUCCAAGUACCUCAGUAUGGACGAAUCUUUAGGUCUACCGUGAAAGCGUCUCAUAUCAAGGCUGAGUCUCCCACUCCGUGCUACACGCGUCUGCUUUCAUCACACGGUGAAUGUUAUCUGUGUAUGCAGGACAAUAGUUCAUUCCCAGCAGGCUCUGUUCAGUGUCAGUCCGCGAUCGCAACCGGUUAGGAGCACAUAGGGCCGAUCGUCUGGAUAAUCGUGGGUCUAACUUGGUGAUGCGAUCAUGUGCGAACAACCGGAGGAUGAUUGUGCCUGGAUAGACGACUUGAUGGGCAAGAUCGCCGACAAGCUGGACAAGAACUUCGACGAUAUUCGCUACGAGGUGUCAACGCCCACCGACUCGUUCUGCGUUUCCACCCUCACGUUCCUCAACGUCAUCGCCAACUCCAGCUCGGAUAACAGCGAGAAGCAGAGCGUGACCAACCUGGUGGUGAAGAGAAUGUCUCCAGAGGCUGACCUAAGACAGGUGCUGAAAUCGAGCGAACAGUUCCACAACGAGAUACUCUUCUAUGAGUGGUAUGGCAAGCAUUACGACAACUUGCCGCGCUGCAUCUACGCAAAGGACGCGCCACCUGCAGACUCGGUGAUCGUUCUUGAGAACAUGGUCAGUCUCAGAGGCUACAGUCUCUCUCAGCUCAAGUACGACAUCUCAUUGGACUACACUUUGGCUGCAGUCCGAGAAAUGGCGCGGUUCCACGCCAACUCAUAUGCGAUGAAAGAGCACAGGCGAGAGGACUUUUUCGCUUUUGUGGACAACAUACAGGAAGCUAGAUUCUACCCGGAGACCAAUGUGAAGAUGAUCUUCGACGAAUCGGCGACUAGGUCAGUGGAAUAUCUUUGUAAACAGGGCUACGACGAAGGGUUGUGUGACAAGCUGCAGGCUCGGUUCGAGAACACGUACAACAACCUGAUCCUGAAGUACGUCGAGCCUGAGGAACCUCUCGCUAUCUUGUGUCACGGAGACUUCACGAUAAACAACACGCUGUUCAAGAAGAAGAACGGUGAACUAACAGCUAUGCUGAUCGAUUUCGCAUUGAUUAGGUACGGGUCACCUAUCCUGGACCUGUCCACCUUUCUGAGUCUCCACUGUGCGAACGACCUGGACAAAGAUAUGCUGCAGAAUGUCCUGGAAGUGUACCACAAGACUCUCAUAGAGAAUCUGGAGGAGAACGGUGUGGAUUCCGAUAAGUUUACGUACGAGGCUCUGUACGAGGAAUAUAAGAGGAAAGGUCUGUUUGGGUUCUUCAUCGCCUCGUUCUUUUUGAGCGUACAGAUGGACAGGACUGAGCUCCGUGCAAAGGAUGCGUCGACGAUGGAUAUGGACGAAUGGGCCAGGACUAUGCGGACGUUAGGUGGAGACGAGGUUUCCGAGAUUUUGGCGAAUAUGUUGUUGAGGCUGAAGGAUGCUGGAUGUCUGGAUCACGUGCUUCAUUGAUCAUCGGUAUUAUUUUUCUUUGGGAAUUUUCUGUUUGAUAUUGGAACUACUGAUCUGUGAGAUGUUCCAGAUAUAGUAUGCGUGCAUGGAAGAUUAUAAUUCUAGUGGUAUGACGAAAGUGUUAUUGGUACUGCAAGCCUGAAACUAAUCGUGCCAACUGGCUUGGUAAUUCUAGCGUUAAUUUUUCUGAGUAUUUCGAGUAUUGAUGCAAUAGUCUACUAUUAAAUUAGACGAUAUUUCUUGCGAGUAAAGGUUAUGUACACAACAGUCAAAGUAUGUUUAUAAAUAAUUAGGAUAGAACGUAGGAUUAUUGUUACGGCAAGAACAAUGAAGAGAAAAUAAACGUUUCCUGGAUGAAUAUUAAAGUUUCGUCAUCUCUUUUAUCGUUCCCUUAACGGAAGAUUCUUUGUGCAAAUAUUGCCGAUCCUCUUGAUAUUUCCAUUGUCACCAAUCGUAGUGUUUACAGUUGAGUAAGAUAUACG